GCGUGUAUGUAAACAUAGUCGGUCAGUCCUUGUGGUCUGUCUGACCGCCACUCUUUAAAUAAGAAGUGGGAGGUGCCAGCCAAGCCUAUAAAGGUGGUCAAUUCUAUGCCUGCACAUUGUGUUGCAUCCAUCUCACUCUCCAAAGAGACACUUCAUUUCUUUGACCUCCCACACUCCAGCUAAAAAAGAUGAAUGCUGCAGCAGCUGAAGGCGCCAAGGCUGCCCCCCCCAAGUUCAAGCAGAAGGAGACCAGGCAGUUCAAGAGCAAGGCUCCCAAGGCUGGACAGAAGGGAUUUGACAAUGAUGUUCCUGGCAUGGAGGGUCUUGGAGACUCUGCUGUCAUUUGCCCAUGGGAAGCCUUUGGUGACAUGGAGCUGAGCGAUCUGGCCCAGUUUGGCAUCGUCUAGACCUGUAGAGCGCCUCCCACCCCUGGUACUGGACAGAUCAUGUUCCACAGUGUUAAAACACUUUGAGUGGUGCUGAAGACCAAAGCAGGAUGCAAGAUGGAAGAUGGAUGUCACCGCUGUGAAUCAUGUCUCUGCAGUUUCAGGAUUAGGGAGCCUUUCUUGUAACAGACAGACCAAUGUUAAAUUCAGUAAAGAAAAAUACUAUAUAUCUGUAAUGACUGUAAAAAAAAAAAAUCUAUACAUAAAUGUUAUUUUUGCUUUUUAAUUAAUCGUUAGAUGAUGAAAUAUGAAUAUAUCUUUACGUGUCGCUGGUCUAAUGCUCAAAAUCUGUUUAAUUUAGAACCUCUUCUACAACAGAAUAAGUUUGAUACUCUCCAAGUCACUAUAAUUCAAUUACUAUAUACUCUGUUACCCACUCAUGUCAUUUAUAUAAAGUUUAUUUUCAUCACUGA